AUGAUUGGCCUCUGGAUGAAAAGGACAGAGUUUGUAACUGUCCAAGUUGGCAAACAAAAGAAAGAAGUCGCUUUCCACAAGAAACUCCUCUCCAGUCGUUCCACAGCCUUCGAAAAUCAUAUGCAAGUACUCAAAGAGAAGGGGAAGUAUCAAUUUCACUGUGAACCACGAUUCAAAAACGCAUUUUCGAUUCUCGUCACAUACUUAUAUAAAGGCUAUGUCCCAGCAUGUCCUAAUGAAGAUGGACCCGGAUCUAGCUCUUAUGGUCGACAAAUGAGAGAAUUAUACUAUUUGGCUGAACGAUUCGAGAUCAUUGAUUUAAUGGACAAGACCAUGGACGCAAUUCAGGCUCACGAUUGUCGAUUUGAUCGAGAUAUCUACAAGCACAUGCCAGAAGUCUACAAAAAUACUACCAGGAAAAGCUCUUUACAGUAUUACCGUGCUCUGAGUGCGGCAUGGUAUUUUGGUCGCCCAAGCUCUCCCAAUAGUCAAAAGCUAAAACGGCUUGAAGCUAUCAAAGAUAAAGCGGACAUUCUUUACGAUGUUAUGAAGUUGCAGUUGAGAUUCGAAUCUAAUAUCUCGAAUGAAAAAAGCGAUUAUCGAGUUCCUUCUGAUGAAAGUGGACUUGGCCAUUGUACUUUUCAUACACAUGGGGUAGGAGAGAUGUGCCAACGACUGGUCUUACUUGCAUCUCCUAAAUCCUCUCAUGAUAUUAAAAACCACCGGCAAACACCUCCGAUCAAUAUCAGAGACGGUGGUAAAAGUAGAAUGAAGGAUAAGAUCAAAGACAGUCUGCAGAGAUGUGUGAGCGAAAGUGAAAGUUCCGAAGUAGUAGAAGAGGGGGCAGAUGAUGACGACCUUCCCAUCUUCACACAGGAGAAGCCUCGGCAGGUCACUGCAACGACUGGCCCGAAGAAUAUCAAGAAAGAGGAUGGGGACGAGGAAAAUGCCUUGAACCGUUCUGCAAGCACAAUUGUCUUCGAUAAGAGACCGAGGAGCGAGAGUCCAAUACUUGGAAGCCACGAGGAUAUUAUUCCGAAUCCAGGAAAACGACCACUUGAAACAAACGGCGAGGAAAGCUCAAGUAGGAAGCGACUAUUCGUCAUAAUCAGCGGGAACACUUCACGAGAAAGGAAAUCUGAGCCUACAGGUCCUACUCGAGGGUUACAGCAACAACAACAACAACAGCGAAUUUGUGAAGUACUGGGCUUUCGCAAAGGCCAUGAUGAAGAUAGUUCAACCAGUAUUAAGCCAAGGACCCCAGUACUUUUCAAUCAAUCCAACGGUCAAAUUACUACUAUGAGAAACGAUAACAGUCGUCUCACAUCUGGCUCUAUGUUGUCGAAUUAUGGUCGUGCUGUAGAUACAUCCAGGACAGAGUCGAUCUCUACUGAUCCUUUCACCAUGGCUUCUAAUGAGGCAAACGACAGGAAUGAAUGGCCUAUCACUCCAGAUAUUCUAGGAAUUGAAACCGCAACAAUUUGCAACGGUGGAGUUAAAGAACAAGAAAUCACUUUUCAUACCCGGCCAUUGACUCGGCUUUCUCCCAAGUUUGCUCAAUUUUGUCGUUUGAAAAAGCAAGUUGAUGGUCGAUUUACUCUCACAUGCGCUCCGAAUAAAUAUGAUGCUUUCACAUGUAUUGCUCUAUAUGCAUAUCAUGGGAAAGUGCCAAAUGCACCGAAGGAUAUCGAUCCAAUCUAUACCCAGCGCUUGAGAUGGAUUUAUUAUGUGGCUGAGGAGUUUGGACUAAAUGACUUAAUGAACAAGACGAUUGAUGCUUUACGAGUUUAUGAUUUUAAACAAAAGCAGGAAAUUCAUGUCCAUACAGAAGAAAUAUAUCACAAUACUUCCAAAGGAAGCUUGCUGAGAUGGUAUUCUGCGGCAUCAGCAGCCUGGUCUUGGGGACGAGAAACAGGACCUGCGACUGCGUCGCAGAGGGACAAUCGCAAGAAAUUUAUUUCUGCUGGCAGGGGUAAUCCGGACAUCUUUGCUGACUUUCAUCUGGUGGAUCUCUUUCAUCGGGAUUAUAUCAGAGGUUUUGAUACGGAUUGGAGAGAUGUUCAUGAUUCUGGUCUGCCAAUUUGUGCAUUUCAUUGCCAUUCCCCGGGAGAAACUUGCCAUCGGACCGGAAUUACGGAGCCAGCAGAAGUACCAGAGCAUAUUUCGAAGAUUUUUGAUGGGGUUGAAGAUGCGGUGCUUUUGAAUCGUUCGCAAAUUAUUGAUACUCCUUCCGAUCAAGAUGUGCGUUCGAGUGCGCAACAAAGUACUCCGCCAAGAUUUUCACAGUCAGAAGUUUCCCAGGGAGAUGAUGAGAAUCUUAGGUCUGGGAAUGGAACAAAUAAGACUUCGGGGGCUAGUCAUGAAACUAUUCAUCCAGUUGUGCGGGAAGUAAUCAACGAAGACCAGGACAGGCAUGAUGCAGCAAAUGUCAAAGACGAAGCACCAACAGAAGAUCUUUAUGGGGCUUCUGAUAUCGAGAUGGAUCAUAAAGCUUCAGAAAAUUCAGUCAAUCCAGGCCAGAAAGUUAUAGAUUCCAAAACUUAUAAUGAGCAGCUGGAAAAGGCAUGGAGAGUACCGUUGUCGUCAAUCCCUCCACAGAAGACUCGAAUUGUACCUGGUACCGUUGUCGUGAACAAGGUUGGAGAUACCAAACGUUCUCAAGCUAUACGUGAUGUUCUCGAUAUUCGUGAUAGUCCCACUGUCAGUGAAGAUGGAAUUUCAAAGGGGUCUUCAAGAAAAAGCAUUAGAAAAAGAAAAGCUCUUGUCGCUGAAGAUGAUACUAAUCACGACAGUGACUCUGUCGUUACCAAGAAAUCAAAGACCGGCAAUUCAAGUCUCAAGUGUAGCAUCAAAACUUCUGUAUCAAAGGCGAGUGGAAAGAAACCGUCCAAAAUCCAAGAUUCCGAGUCCGAGCCUUCGGAAGAAGAUAGUCCAGAGCAAAGUUCGGGAACUAGUUCGGAAAUCAGUUCGAGUGAUGAAGAUGAUGAGAUGAUGAAUGGUUGGUCGACUGAUGAAGGUUCAGACUCUUAUGACGAACAAUCUAUCUCUCAAGCUAUUUCCCAAGUUGAGAUAAACCAGGAGUCUGAUUCUAGCGAUAGUGAUAGCGAUAGCGAAUCCGAGGAACCGGAUACAGAACCUUCCUAUAUCGAUCCCGGAGUUCAUUCUCAUUUACCUUCAAAAGCCUCCUCUUCAUCAAUUCUCGUUCAAUCUCAACCCUCAUUUACUCAACCAAGUACUUCCAAUUCACGAAAUAUACCUGGCGUAGCACCAUUACGACCUGGGUAUUGCCUCAUCUACAACUACAAAGGACGUUGCAAUAAAGCCUGUGGACUUCAACACUUGUGUCUGAAAUGCGAUCUUCAACAUUCCUCUCUCCAUCAUCAUCAAUACCAGCCAAACUUCCGAGCUUCGAAUAAAGAUCCUUCCAUUGAAACCUGCCGAGACUGGAAUGCCGGUCGAUGCGCAGUAAGAGUUACAAAUUGUACUCUACGACACAUCUGCUCAAUAUGUAACGGAGGCCAUCGAAGCAUUUAUCACGAGCACGACGACAAUUUUCCCCAAAGUGAUAAACAACGUCUUGGUCGUACAGUAGGAGAAUCUAGUCACUUCCGUCGAGAAGGACGUCUUGAUUAUCGUCACUCACAAGCAAAUUCUCCUCGCAUCUCAGAUAACUGGCCUGAAGAUUCUCAUUCCUCAUCUCGUCGCCAACAAAAUCAUAUCGGAGAGGUAGAACAACCCGAUUCUGUGUUAGAACCGAGAUUUGCCUCGUGUCAAGUGUGGCAACGGGGUACGUGUAUUAGGAAGAGAACGAAAUGUCAACUAUCACACAUUUGUGAAAGGUGUGGACAGUUGACUCAUAGAACUGCGAAGCAUGAUACUUAUAUGAGUAAAACUGCUCCUCGGGCUUGA